AUGCAGUCUGAGAAGAAGGUGUCCUUUUACCACAAGGUCGGCUCCAACAAGGAUCGGGGGCCCACGGUUAGUAUCCCGAACAUCCCCAAAGUCUUAGACGAGCGGGCCCGCAUGAGGCUGCUGUGCGACUAUGAGAAGUACGAGCCGGAGCUGCUAAAGCACCACAUUGGGACCCCAGAGACAACGCAGACGAUUGGACUGAAACUUGUCCUUACGGACUUCGACAGGCGCCUGCCAUCAAGCAGCGAGCCGACCAUAGCCGAGCGCGAAUACGAGGCACGUAGGCGAAACAAAAAGGCCAACAGUCAAUUGUCGCCUGCUUUCCCAGCUUCCAAACAGUUAUUAAAGCGUGGGGCGGCGGAUUCGCAGCUUGCACCAGCCGCAGCAUGUGAUAGAGCGCGUACAACUACUGUGCCACCCUCGACGUCCCCAUCGGCAUCUGCUUCGCCGCCAGAAAAUGUCUUGCCGCUCCGUCUGCAUCGGGGGCGAUCCUCGCAUGCCUCAUGGGUGGCAUUCACGACAACACCGUCAUUGUCUCCAUCGGAGCCAAAGUCGCGGGAAACAUCACCGGGAAGAGCCACAGCGGCAACAAGAUCGCCAUCGAAACAACAAGUAUCAAUGCAAUUGGCGCGGGAAGUAUCCCAUGGUUCGCAGCCAGAAAAAGGGGAAAUGGUGAAGUCGUUGGUGCCGCAAAAACCAUUGUACCCUAAUUUAUCAGUGAAAGACGGUUCUGAUACCAGUCCCACAGGAGGAGGAGGAGGAGGAGGAGGAGCGUUGUUCCCUCAAAAGAAUGAUGGCGUGUUAAAUGCGGAGCUCUGUGGGAAAUUACUUCGUGUAUUGCUUUGCACCCCGCCAGAGUACAGCGAGUCAUUUCAUUUGAACUUGCGCAAUAUUGAUCUGCGGUGGAUGCAUGGGACGCGUUACCCUAGCCUUUUUGUGACGUUACACACAUGGCGUCCCUUUGAAAUCGGUGCCAGCGUUCCUUCAAUCAAUUCCCCACGCUCUGCUAUUGUACUGCUACAGAACGGUAUUGAGGUAAAUGACUUGAUACCGCCCACUUCCAUUCAGGAGGAUGCGUUGCUUCCGAAAGAUCCGGAAAUGCGUCAGAUGGUGAAAUCUAUGCGGGCGAAGCGUCGCCGGCGAUACUGCGAGGAGUUACUUGAAAACAUGCACGAGAAGUAUAUGGAGUUAUGCCGUAGCGUCAAACUAGCCGACGUUGUGAAGGCGUUUAAAGAAGACACUAAGGAAGGGACUUCGGUGGAGUUACCGGCAUCCCUUAAAAAGGAUCACGAGCGGCGGCGGCGCGCGCUGUUGAAAGAGCGGAAGCGGCUAGAGAAGCAGUUGGUCUUUGCGAGGGAUGUGCAUGAGCGUCAACUCAUAGCAGAGGAGCGACAGCGGCAGGUCGAGGAGGAGAUGCGAGCAAAAAUGGAGGCGAAGAAGGAAGAGGAGCGACUUGCACAUGAGCGGGCGGCGGAGCGUAUGGCUCUUCAGCGGCGGAAACUCGGUGAACUUGAGGCCUUUUACCAAAAGAGAAUUCAGGAACGUCAGGCGCGAGCGGCUGAGAAAAACGCCCGGCGUUUGGAGGCGCAGAAGCGGCAGAUAGAGCAGCGCCAGGAGGAGCGGCAGCGGCUAGCGGAGGAGCGAGAGCAGCGCUUUGAGCGUGUGGCGGAACUGCAGGAGCAGCAGAAGUUGAUGAUUCGGCAAAAACAUAAGGCGAAGGAGGAGAAACUGCAGCUUCUGCAGGAGGGGCAGAGGCGGCGGCAGGAGGAGUUGCAUGUGAAGCUGUUGGAACGGGCGGCGAAGUCUGAGGAGCUGCGGGAAUUGGCCCGCCAACGGGCUGAGAUGCGUGAAGAGAAGGUGCGAAAGGCGGCAGAGGAGCAGCAGCGGAAGGUGGAGGAACGUCUCUCGCGCUUCUACCAAAGCUGUAAGGAGGCACGCGCCCAACGUGCGCUGCAGGAGGAACGGAAGCGGAUACGCAUGAGUGAAGCGCUCAUUAUUGCCGCCAACAAAAUCAACGUCUUUAAGGAGGAGGCUGCUUUGAAACAGUUGGAGCACGAGAAGUUGUUUGGUGAAUUGCAGCGCCAGCGCGAGGCGGAUAUUUUGACGCGGAGUGAGCGGGAGCACGAGGAAAUGGAGGCAAAGUCAUUCGCUGUGGCGCGCUCUAAACGCAUGACGGAGUUUGGGAAGCUCCAGACGGUGCUGCAGCUUCUCUCCAAGCGCGAGGCAGCGUUAGCGCUUGAGAGGGAGCGUGAGUUGCUGAUGCAGGAGACGCGCAAGGCCCGUGAGGCAAUGCUGACAGAGCGACACGCAUUGAAGGAAGAAAUAACUCGCCAGACGAAAACCAUGCAGUCAUGA